AUGACGAAGAGAGUGGCCAUCAUUGGGGCUGGUCCUAGUGGCUUGCCCAGCAUACGGUAAGUAUUUGUUUCUGGGUUGUUAUUAGGUUUGUGGAUCUAAUAUUUACAGUAUUUGGUGAAGAUAGGAGAGGGGUUUUCCGGUUUUAAAAACCGGAUAGGGCAUAUUUUUUUACUUUUUUUUUAACUUUUAAACUUGAAUUUUUUUAUUUUUUACUUUUUUGCACUUUGCGACAUUUUUAACUUUCUUGCACGGUGCAAAGGUUAUUUAAGUUUGAUAAAAAGUGUCAUUUUUAAUCAAGUUCUUUGAUUUUUUGUUGUAAUAUGGACUGAAAUCUGAUCUUUCUUCCUUCAGACAUUUGAAUUUUGGCGUUUUCUUAAUUCAUAUUUAAUAAAAAUCGACAUUUUUUUAAUUUUUGCACCGUGCAGCCCCUGACUUCCAUAAAAAUUAUUAAAAUUUAUAUUGGAAAUGAAAUGUUUUUGUUUUCUUAGAUGUACCUAGAGUUUUUUGGUCAUUAUUGUUUACAUGUUGUGAUAUUUUUGUUGACCAUAUUUGCUUUAGACACGCUUUGUUAUAUGGAGUUGAACCAGUCUGUUUCGAAGCUUCGGACGAUGUUGGUGGUCUAUGGAGGUACAAACCAGAACAAACAGCAGGUACGUUUAUUUUUAUUAUAUUAUGUUAAUUAUUUAAAUUUUAAAUUUAGACAGCCUUAACUUUUAGUUUUUUGAGUUUUAACACAUUAUCAUAGGUACAAAACGUAACGAUAGUCACAUUUUUCAUUUUUUCAUAGUUAACGAGCACAAAUACUGUUAUGAGGUCAAAAAGUUAAUAUCUACUACUCUUUACUACAUAAUGAUGUCAUUUUCAGAAGGUUCGGUGAUGCGGACUACAGUAAUCAACACGUCGAAGGAGAUGACAGCCUACAGUGACUUUCCUCCGCCAGCUGAAUUCGCCAAUUUUAUGCAUAAUACUCAACUUCUGAGGUACUUCCAGAUGUAUGCCGACCACUUCAAUCUCAGACAGUACAUCAAGUUCCAUCAUCGUGUAGUAGACGUUCACAGAAGCAGUGACUACAACAAAACUGGCAAGUGGAACGUGAUCUACGAGGAUCAGUAAGUUGUCUUAGUUAGCUGUGUCGAUACCUUGUAUAAUUUGUUUUUUACUGUUUGGUAAUAAGUUUAAGUGGUAAUGUAGUUGAUAAAAAAUGUGUAAAUAAUUAAUCUUACGUUCUAAAUCUUAAUUUUUUUUAAACUUCAGAAGCCAACAACGUCACGAAGAGCUCUUUGAUGCGGUUUUACUGUGUACUGGCCAUCAUACUGAACCGUACUGGCCAAACAAGUGGCCAGGACAAGACAAGUUCCAAGGGAAGAUCAUGCACGCUCACGACUACAAGGACUACAAAGGUCACGAGAACAAGGUGGUGACCGUAGUUGGCGUCGGAAACUCUGGUUUUGAUAUUGCAGUAGAAUUGAGCAGAAUCGCGAAACAAGUCUACGUAUCGACGAGGAGAGGAACUUGGAUCUACAAUCGUAUCAUCGACUUUGGCCAUCCGUACGAUCUGAUCGCUUUCUCUAGAUUUAUCGCUUUUUUGAGAAAGACGAUACCUACAUGGCUGAUCAACUCGUUUUUGGAGUUCAAAUUGAAUUCGAGGUUUGAUCACGCCAAAUAUGGAUUGAAGCCGGCUCAUAAGCCUUUGAGGUAUGUUAAAUUAGUGUAUUUUUGAUAGUUUAGUAACAUUUAUGUUACAAUAUAUUGUUGCAAUAGUUAAAAGAUGAUUUUGAAAUAGUAUAUUGAAGUAUAGUAAUGGGUAUGGGUCUGGUUUUAAUAAGUUAAGUACUGUUUUUGAUCUAAAUUUUGAAAAAAUCAAUUUUGACAUUUCGUCAAACUAAUUUUUCGUCUAAUUGUUACCUUUUUUAAUGCUAAUACUUUUCUUUUACAGCGCCCAUCCUACAGUAAAUGAUGAGUUACCGAACAGGCUUGUGUGUGGCACAGUAAUCGUCAAGAGUAACAUUAAAGAAUUCACCGAAACUGGAUUGGUCUACGAUGACAAUACCAAGGUCGAACCUGUUGAUGAGGUAAUUGCUAUAUUUUUAUAAUAGGAUUUUAUCCUUAAAUAUAUAAAUUUAGACUAUCAUAGCUACAGUAAUAAUAUUGUUACCUAAAACACGUUUAUUAUUGUAGGUAAUCCUGUCAACCGGCUAUUCAUUUGGCUUCCCGCUAGCAGAAGGCGGCCGUCUGAUUCCAGUCCGUGAGAACCGUGUCGAUCUCUACAAACUCAUGUAUCCACUACCUACUGCCAAGUGGAAUAAUGUCGCGGUAAUCGGGUUGAUUCAGCCGAUCGGUUCUAUCAUGCCGAUCUCUGAACAACAAUGUCGACUAUUCUUCCAUGCUCUAACUGGACAUACGAAGUUACCAUCGGAAGGUGGUAUGAUAGAUGACAUCAACUUGAGGAAGGCCAAGAUGGAACAGAGAUACGUUAACAGUAGGCGACAUACCAUUCAGGUAGGCUUAGUAAUGUUAUAAUUAAGGUUUACAUGACAUUAUAGUUUAAAAGAAUUCAAAAUUGCAUGUAAUUUUAAAAAUAAAAGUUGUUUCUCUUCCGGAUACUACAGUAUACUCUUCUAAUAUGAUACUAUACUUACAGGUGGACUACGAAGACUACAUGGAUGAGUUAGCCGAUCUCAUGGACUGCAAACCAAACUUCAAAGAGCUUCUCUUCUGGGACCCUCGCCUAGCCUUAAAAAUUUUCUUCGGCCCAAAUCUACCGUAUACCUACCGUCUAAACGGUGUUCACAAAUGGCACGGUGCACGAGACGCCAUCUUUGAAUCAGAAGACCGUGUUCUGAAGGGUCUUAGACAUCGUAUCGUACCACUUUCAUCGAACAUGUUCGGAUUUUACUUUGUAACCAUCUUCAUUGUGAUUGUAGCUUUACUGGGCAAAUUUUUACUUUAA